GAUUUGCACUUCUUUGUUUGAACCAUGAUCAGAAUUUGUGCGCGUCGAACACUUAAUAAAAUCAUUUUGAUAUUCGCAAUCUUUCCUUUACUAGUCAUCCUCCGGUUUUCAUACAAUCAAGUCGCAACCCGGCUUUCAACUGACUCAAUUUUGAACCCAUUUUUGACAAAACUUCACAUCUCAUCCGCUUCCAAAAUCUCUCCUGACAAUGGGAUCAUUUUCUUAGAAAUGACGACGAAUAAAGAUCGCUUGGAUUGGUUCACUUAUUGUGCCUUGGAAAGUGCCAGCCGGCAAAAUCCAAGUCGCCAGAUCUAUUAUUUGAUAUCCAAAAACAACCAACAUGACUACAAGGUUUUGUCAUUUCUAAUGGGUCUGGGAAAUAUUCAAGUGGGCAAGUUUGAUUUUCAAACUUUAAUCAGGGAUUAUUAUGGUUCAGAUGUCCUUCAUAUGUUCCUGAAUGCAAAUAUUGAUGUGUACUCCUGGUCAGACUUAUGUCGAUGUUUGUUAUUGCACCAGAAGGGGGGUGUCUACAUGGAUGUGGACACAAUAUCUGUGAAUCAAAUUCCGAAUUACUUUCCAAACAUAUUGCAAAGAAAUAUCAAAAAACUUCUGACAAAUUGUUUCAUGAAGUUCGAAGCAGGCCAUCCCUUUCUCAAGAUCAUCUUGGAGGACUUGAAAUCCAAGAUCUUGUCCAACAAUGUCACGGCCAUGGAUGGGCCUCUGGUCCGAGAUGCAGCUAUGAGACAUUGUCGUUAUGUGGUGGUAGGUCGCAAGCCCAAUGGAACAUACGUGUGUCCACACCAUUGGCGUUUACAAAUCUUCUCCAGGGAAGAGAAGGCCGUAGCUCAUUUCUUGAAUUGGGCCAAUCGAAAGCAAGUGUGGAAUAGCACCGAGCGAGAAUUAUACCCGAAAUUGUUCGCUCUUCAUUUGUCCACGGUGCAAAAAAGGCGGAUGUACGGUACAGCAGGUCUUUCAGAAUUAUACCCGAAAUUGUUCGCUCUUCAUUUGUCCACGGUGCAAAACUCCCAUUUUAACCAACCCUGUACUCUCAUGCGGAACUAUCCCGGUCUACCAAAUAUCAUGGAGGCCUUUUGUCCGCGAACAUAUUCUUAUGUAUUCAACUUGAAUCUGACCAACGCAUGUUCAAUCAAUUGA